AGCUGCCGCCCGGCGCGGCCAUGGCGCGGCCCGGCCCGGGGCGCCUGGCGCUGGGGGUAGCGCUGGGAGCGGCGGCGGGCGCCGGGCUGGGCCUGCUCUGCCUGAUGCAGCUGCGACGGCAUCGCCACCGGCGGGGCAGCGGCUGGGGAGCGGAGCAAGAGGCGGCUGCAGAGCGCCGGAGCCAGGUGGUGCCCAGGGUGCCAGUUCCCAUGGAGGGGCCUGGUGGUGCUGUGUGCACCCCUCUGCUGAGGCAGGAGGAGCAGGCAGACGUGCUGGAGAGCCUGGACUUUGUGCUGAGAAACAUUUCAGAGCUGAGGAGAGAAGUGGAGGAGCUGCGGAGCAGCCUGCAGUGCCUGGCUGCUGAGAUCGUGGGGGAAGUCAGAGCCCACCUGGAGGAAACCCAGAAGGUGUCUCGCCGGAGGCGGUUCCCAUUCCCCAGGGAAAGAAGCGAUUCCACAGGCUCCAGCUCCAUUUAUUUCACUGCCAGUUCAGGAGCAGCCAAUACAGAUGAUGGAGAAAGUGAAGGAGGGUACAGCACAGCCAACGCCGAGUCCGACUGCGAGCGAGAGUCCGAGCGGGAGAGCGAGGAAGGGGAGGACCAAGAGAGCUGUGAGACAGUGAGGACUGCACAGAGGGACUCCCUGCAGCUUGUCCACGAGGAUGACUCUCACUUAGCCUCAGAUUCCUCACUGGAGGAAGGUCUGGGUCAGCUCCUGCAGCAGGCUGACCGCCUGCACAGCGGGGAUGAGCGGGAGAGGAGAGAAGGCUUCCAGCUGCUGCUCAACAACAAGCUGGUGUACGCGGAGCAGGAGGAGUUCCUGUGGCGCCUGGCGCGGGCGCACAGCGACAUGUGUGAGGCGGCAGAGGACGCCGAGGAGAAGAGAUCCUACGCCUCUGAUGGCAAAGAAGAGCUGGAAGUGGCCUUGCAGAAAUGGGACCAAAGUGCUGAGUGCCAUCAGUGGUACGCCGUGCUGUGCGGGCAGCUGUCGGAGCACGAGAGCAUCCAGAAGCGCAUCCAGAGCGGGUUUGUGUUCAAGAAACACAUCGAUAAGGCAAUUGAGCUGAAACCAGAGGACCCAAAGGCUUACUACCUCCUGGGCAGGUGGUGUUACCAGGUUUCCCAUCUGGGAUGGCUUGAGAAGAAGACUGCUGCUGCCCUGUUUGAGGCGCCGCCGACAGCCACCGUGCAGGACGCGCUGCAGAGCUUCCUGCGGGUUGAGGAGCUGAGCCCAGGAUUUUCCAAAGCAGGACGAGUGUACAUUGCCAAGUGUUACAGGGACCUGGGCAACAGGGCUGCAGCUGUCCUCUGGAUGAAUCUUGCUGCAGAGCUGCCAGCUAGCACAAAAGAGGAUGCAGAGAGCGAGAGGGAGCUGGAAGAGCUGCGCUCGGGCUGGGAGCAGUGAGCCCCUGGCAGCUGCUUCCCCUGGGGCUGCACUGGCAGAGAGCUUCCCAGCUGGAGGGACUCAGGAGCCCAGCACCUCCGACUGCCCUCCCCGGAGCAACCACGAGAGCUGACCGGAGCCAGGAGCCAGCUGCCUCUGCGUGCUGGGGCACCAGGACCUUGGUGGGGUUUAACCAGGCUCGAGCUUUGUGUCCUUUCCCUUCUUACAGCACUGCAGGUGUUUGGGCUAAAAAUCCCUAAAAGAUGGCAAACUGCUAAAAAGAGCCUGGGGGAGGUGGGGUGCAGCUGGCAUUUGUGCUGGGCAUGUGCCACAGGUGUAAGUGUGGUGGGUACGCACCCCUGUAC